UUUCCAGCCUGCUCAUUUGGUAUACAGCUGGUCCAUGCUCUUGCACCAUUUUGCGUUGUUUCAAGCCGGAAAUGAGUUGAAAGGAAACAUCUGCUCAGCCAGGUCUGCAUUUUUCUCAGACAAGGAUGCAGCCGUGGCAGCUAUAAGAAGAAAGGUGUGAGAAAAAGAGAGGGAGAGAGGGAGAUCUAAAGAAAGCAUAAAAUGGGGAGCAGCAGGGUUGCACUCUCUGUGCUUCUUCUACCUCUCCUUCAGUUCAUCAAUGGAGUCCUAAGCCAGGAGCUCGUACCGGCUUUGUUCAUAUUUGGCGACUCGUUGAUAGACGUCGGCAACAACAACUACAUUCCGUCCGUCGCCCGGGCGAACUACCCACCUUACGGCAUUGAUUUCGGCUACCCAACUGGCCGCUUCACUAAUGGCCUUACUGUGGUCGAUUAUGGAGCCAUGUCGUUGGGCUUGCCGCUGGUGCCACCCUACUUAGAAGCUAAAUUGAAAGGGCUGAAUAUGCUCAAGGGAAUAAGCUUUGCUUCUGCAGCGGCGGGGAUCUUGGAAGAAACUGGAGCCAACUAUGUGGCGAGGAUUACGUUUAAUCAGCAGUUGACGCUGUUUGAAAAGACCAUUGCUUUGGAGUAUUCGCCGUUCUUUCAAGACCCUCAGGCGCUCUCCGAUUACCUCGCUAAAUCGAUGUACAUUGUGGUCUUCGGCAGCAAUGACUACAUCAACAACUACCUCAUGCCCAAGUUGUAUCCCUCCAGCCGGCUCUACGACCCUCACACCUACGGCCAAAUCUUGGUUCAGGUCAUUACCCGGCAGCUCCAGAGACUUUACAGUUUAGGUGCAAGGAAGAUCGUGGUGGUCAAUGUUGGCCCUCUUGGGUGCAUGCCCAGCCAACUCGCCAAGGCCGACACCAACGGGCAAUGCGUCGACCACGUAAACCAGGCAAUCUCGGCGUUCAACACCCAGUUGUUUGAGCUUGUAAAAAACAUCAAUUCCACCCUCCCAGGCUCCACCUUCGUCCACUAUAAUGUCUACGAUACCUUCAUGAACAUAGUUGACAAUCCUGCAAUGUAUGGGUUCACAGUGUCAAACAGGGCGUGCUGUGGAGUUGGGAUGUAUGGCGGGGCUCUGACCUGCCUGCCCUUGGAGAAGCCAUGUGAAGACAGGGACCAGCACGUGUUCUGGGACGCCUUCCACCCAACCCAAGCUGUACACAAGAUCAUUGCCCAAAGCUGCUACAGCGGCCAACAAUCUGCGUGCCAACCAGUUGGCCUUCUCGAACUAGCAAGACUGUAACUCAAGGGGAAGACAUGACUGCUCCAGCCCCACCAUAUUAAAUACAGAGAGAGAUUUUGAGAUCAAGAGAGAUCUAUAUACAGAGAGAGAGGUAGCAUUUGUAUUCUUCACUAGAGUUGGUUAUUGGUUAGGCAGAUCACUUCUUCUUUGAAAUGAAGGUUUAGUUUGUUCGCUUCAAAGAAGCUGCAGCUGCUCAUUAGUUACUGUUGGAAGAUUUUUGUAGCGGGUCGCCCCGGCCCCAGCUUGGAUUGGCGGUUGAUAUUCAUAAAGUUGUUCACCUGCCCAUCCUGCAUUAUGAUCGGGAGAUCACGUGUAACUCUGCUUCGGACGUGCGUAAUUGUGUUUUAUCUAAAGAUACACUGAUGUCUCAUUUAUGUCGUUCAGCAUCCAUUGAUGUUCAUUUAAUAAAUUUUAGACAUCUUUUUCAUUUCUAUAUAUAAAGCUCUCUCUCUCUCUCUCUCUCUUUUGAA